CUGAAAGGGUACCCGGUUUUCGUUGUCGCGGUCUGGCGGACCAUGUCUACUACUACAGCGGUCCCUACCACGACCACCCCCUCGUUGAAGCACAAGACCCGCAAACUGAAAAACAUGCUCCUACUGAGCCAAUUGUCCCCGCUGCCCAUCUACGAAGUCGGCCACGACGUCGACACGAGCGAACAGGCAACAGGGCAGUUCGGUUGCGUGUUUCCGCACAUCGACCACCGGAUGUUGGACGAACCAGGGACGGCGCGUGGAUGUCCAGUGGGGAGUGCGGACCAGUCGCGGCGGCUAGCCAACGUCUUCACCGAGCUCGAAGCGAGGUUCUGGAAAAAGGUAAAUGCUAUGGCAGACCGAGUGCUAGUGUACCAGCGCCCCAACACCACGAGUACAUCCAAAGAGUUCAUUCCGACGCACAAUGAUCCGUCCAACUUGUUGUUCAACUCGUGGUUCGAAAGCGGUAACCUUGAAUGUGCCUACCGCGUGCACAACCGCAAUUACGCCACAUAUUUGCCUCAGUGCACAAAGCAUUUGAACCAAAGCAAGCUCGCGGCACCCAAAGCCUGUCGCGGGGGGCUCGCGCCCCCCACCGAGGUGCUGCUGCCUGCGGUUGUCGACCAAGAGUACGAUUUGUAUUGCGACUGCGACACCUACACCUUUGGACAUGUGCAAUGGUACUACUUUCAAGUUAAGCUUCGCGAUCUCAUCCCCCCCGGGAAAACCAGCCUCAUCGUGCGCUUCAACAUCCGCAACAUGAUGAAGCGGGACAGCUUGUACAACUCUGGGAUGCUCCCAACCGUCUAUUCCGAGGCCAAGGCAGCUCAAGGCCUCGCAGGAUGGACACAUGCCGGAGUUGAAGCCUACUACUACCAGAAUUCCGACGAAUUCGACCACCCCCGCCGUCGAUGGCGAACGAAACGCUACCACUAUACCCUGUCGUUUGUGUAUCAGUUUGACACCGGCGUCGACACGGUGUACUUUGCGCACUGCUUUCCCUACACAUACACAAACUUGCAGUCGUAUCUAAAGUCGCUGUUGGCGUGUCCCCUUCGAAGCCCCAACGUACGUCGUCGCACCCUGUGCCCCACCGUAUGUGGCAACGCCUGCGAUGUGCUCACGAUCACAGAAUACACCAACGAGCCUCGAGUGCUGAUGCUACGGACGGGGGUUGUCUUGACCGCGAGGGUCCACCCUGGGGAAACCAACGGCAGCUUUGUCAUGCAGGGCAUCAUCGAUUUCUUGACAGGCUCGUCGAAAGAAGCGCUGCGGUUGCGGCAGUGUUUUGUGUUCAAGAUCAUUCCCAUGUUGAACCCCGAUGGCGUCAUCCACGGCAACUACCGGUGCUCUGUCGCAGGCGUAGACCUCAAUCGGCGGUGGUCCAAGCCCUGCCAAGACUCACACCCGACGAUUUUCGCGGCUAAACACAUGAUCAUGUCUAUGCGGAAUGCAAGGCGGGUCGUACUCUUCUGCGACAUCCACGGCCACAGCCGCAAGAAAAACAUGUUUGUGUAUGGGUGCAAGCCGUACUUCACGUGGUCGAAACUCGAAGCCGCGAAAAUGCGAUUGUUUCCGUACCUGCUGUCCAAAGCGUCUAGCGCAGAAGAAGGCGGGUUUUUCAGUUUUCCAGACUGCACGUUCAAUGUGGCGCGUUCCAAACGGUCCACAGGUCGAGUGACUGUGUGGAACGACAUUCGAAUCCUCAACAGCUUCACGUUGGAAACGUCUUUUUGCGGAUCCGGCGAAAACCAAGUCAAGUACCACCCUCCGACAUCGCCUUCGUCUCGAGGAGGAGGAUCAUCACAUACCGAGGCUGCGACCAUGUCGACCACCCAUUACCGCGUACGGGAUCUGGUCCAGUCUGGCGAGAAAUUCUGCUGCGCCUUGGCCAACUACGGUCGCUUGUUGGCCAUCGAACCUGUCGACGAGGCGUCCGUGCCCCCGCUGCCUGUCGACCCGGAUGCCGCCGCUGGAGGUCCGAUGGAUGUUAUGGCAGACGACGACGGCGACGAUACAUGUCAUUCUACGCCCCUCCAUCCCCUCAAUCGACACCGCCAAAACAAAGACGACAACGAUGACAACACCUUUGAGCUGUCCGCCGACGCCAUCCUCCUUCUCGAUGAAAUCUCCACGGUCGUUCCGCUCAGCGCCGAAACCGACUGCAAUUCGUCCGAAGGGUCGGCUGGGUCGGACUCGAACCCGUCCGAAGACAACAAAGACGACGACGAGAUCCAAGCCGACACGCGGUGGCAGGCCCUUCUGAGACACCGUGCGCGGUCCCGCAUCGUUCGGCGGAGUCCCCGCCUUAUCGUCGACAAAGAUAUGUCCCCAACAAGUCAAAGCCCCCUCGUUCGACGCCCGUACGCUAAAUGUCAGCCAAGAAUGUCCUCAAGGCCCUGCCGAGGUCGCCCCCACGACCGACCACCGUCCCAGUGGCGAACCCGACGCCGUCGGAUGAGACAGACCUCACGCCCAUCCGCCCCACGCCGGCAGCGACUGGACUACAAGUGGUAACCAAGGACCCAUUGGCCGCACCCCACCCUCGACGACUUAGCCUGUGGACUGGUGUUCAAGGGCGUUCCAAGGACGCAAAUGCUGCCAUCGCAGGGCUGCAUCGUCAGCUCAUCAAGCGACGUAUCAGCCUCACGUCUCCUCCGAAAUCAACGACUUCAGCAUCACACCGUUAAAGCUACUUGCUCGUUAAUGUAGUAUACUAUAAAUAGUAGGGACACCAAACGUCCUCGUAUUCCAAGCCAAGCCUC